CCUAAAAAGAAAGUGUUGAAGAAAUAAUAAGGUGUUGAUGGGGUUGUGAGUUAGGGCAGACAGAAUCAAUUGAGAAUGGGGAUCCGAUUCGUACUGAUGGUGAACAAGCAAGGCCAAACUCGUCUUGCUCAAUACUACGAAUAUCUCACCCUCGAAGAGCGACGUGCCCUCGAAGGCGAAAUCGUUCGCAAAUGCCUCGCCCGCAACGAACAGCAGUGUUCCUUCGUUGAGCAUCGCAACUACAAAAUUGUAUAUCGUCGCUACGCCUCUUUGUUUUUCCUCGUUGGAGUUGACGAUGAUGAGAAUGAGCUGGCUAUUUUGGAAUUUAUACAUCUCUUGGUUGAAACCAUGGAUCGUCAUUUUGGCAAUGUGUGCGAGCUAGAUAUUAUGUUCCAUUUAGAAAAGGCGCAUUUUAUGUUGGAGGAAAUGGUCAUGAAUGGUUGUAUUGUGGAGACAAGCAAAUCAAAUAUUUUGACACCAAUUCAGCUGAUGGAUAAAACAUCUUGAAGGAUAAAAAAGAAUGCUCUGUGAUUGAUGUAUCAUUAGUGACUCAUUGCUGCCUUUCUGUGUACCAUAGAUAAGAUAAUCUCCAAUUUUCAAUUUGAAUGGAAAUACGAGUGUAACUAUUUGUUUUAUUUUCUUCUCUCCCUUUGUAUGAAUGAUUAAUGAUUAUGAUUAUGAACUUGUUUGUUUUUUCAAUGGCACCUGACAUUGGUACAAUAUACCCCAAUUAUGGAAAUUAUAAAUUUCAAA